AUGCCAAAAGCAGCAAAAUCAAGUUCGGAAUGGGAGACGAGAAUCUUACAAUUUGUGGCUGGGAAGUCUUUUGAACAAGAGCAGAGGCCUAGUAAAACCACCAAAUGGGGCAAAAUUGUUGAGAAAAUAGAAAAGUGCCCAAUGAGAACACUUCAAAGUAGAGGUAGAGAUGUUAUGGGAAGGCUUCGUGUCUGUGACUGUGGAUACCAUGUUAAGUCAGUGGUUCCUGUAAAGAAUUGUCAAGAUGUAACGACCACAAAACCAACUGUGGUAGACUCUGUCAGCGAGUCUGGAUACCAUGUUAAGCCAGUGGUUCAUGUAAAGAAUUGUCAAGCUGUUACGGCCACAAAACCAACUGUGGCAGACUGUGCCAGUGAAAUUCCAGUGGUUCCGUUCUCUCUCCCUAAAACAUUAGUGCCAACUGCAGACAACAAGUGUGAUGAAAACAUUCUGGAUCCGUUAACAAAACCAGUGGAUACAACAGUAGCAGUUCAUGUAAAGAAUCCUGGUGUUCAAGCUUCAUCCAUCAAUCUUCCAUCAUGCGAAGAGAAUAAUUCAAGGCAGUAUGAUUACUCGAAAAGACUUCCAAUUGGUUGGAAAGAAAGUUUAGAAGAGCAGGAUCAACAGCGGAUAGGACAGCAAGUCUUUUAA